GUUGAGAUCUGACUUUACUGGAAGAACAAAGUGAACCUGCUUACAGAAUGCCUUACACCCCAGCAAAUUCCUACGACGCCGAUCAAAAGAUCUGGAGUGGUGGUCAAGUCACACAUUAUUUUGAUCCCCAGUUGUCCAUCGGAGAGAUUAUUUUCCAAGAGAUGCGGCGACAUCCGCAGCUCAUAGCACAGAUCUCGGCUACGGAGAAUACAGUGCUGACCAGAGCGGAACUCCAUGCUAACUCAAUGCGAGUGGCCAGCUAUCUCCGAUUGGAGGGACUCCUCCAAUCCGAUGUGGUGGGUAUUAUUGGCAGAAAUACGACUCAUAUGUUAGCCGUAGCCUACGCCUGCUUCUUCAACGGAAUGGCCUUCCACUCGCUCAACAACACCUACGAUCGGAACACCAUUGAAAAAAUCUACAAUAUCACCAAGCCACGUAUCGUUUUCUGCGAUGGCGAUGAGUUUGAGAAGGUCAGGGAUGCCACUGCUCACCUGGAUGUGAAGAUCGUCACCAUGCGCAAUCAUCCUAGGGAUUCCAUCCGGAUUGGUGAAGUACUGACCACUCCCAUUGAGGAAAACUUCCAGCCGGCUAAGCUAGAUCAAGGCAAUGACCAGACUUUGGCCAUUAUCUGCUCCUCGGGCACAACUGGAACGCCCAAGGCUGUAACUAUAACCAAUAGCCGCCAGAUCCUCGCAAGCAAUCAUCAUUUGACCACCGCUGAUGUCCAAUACUCACACAAUACCCUUGACUGGAUCACCGGCCUGCUUACCACCAUCACCUCUGGAGUGUUUAGCACAACCCGCAUCAUCGCAGAUAAUGCCUUCGAUCCCGCCUUUGCCAUGCGAGUCAUUGAGCAGUACAAGGUCACCUGGAUUAUUCAGCCGCCCUCCGCCAUGGCCAUAAUGAUUAACAGUCCGGAGUUUGAGACUUCCGACCUGUCCAGCAUACGCUGCUACCUGUUCGGAGGAUCUCGGGCUGCCAUAGAGGUGCAACAGGGCAUCCGCAGUCGUCUGAGUCAGGACUGUUUGCGGUUUGCCUACGGAUUCACGGAGCUGGGCUCCAUGGCCACCAUUAACUGCCACUUUGACGAGAAGCCCGGAUCGGUGGGUCGUUUGGUCAGCGGGCUAAAGCUAAAGAUAAUCAAUGACCAGGGCGAAUCACUCGGACCCGACGAGCUUGGCGAGGUGUGCGUCAUGAACAACCAGCAUUGGUCUGGCUACUUUGGCAACCCAGAGGAAACGCGCGCCAUGCGCGAUCCCCAGCGAUGGUAUCACUCCGGCGACCUGGGCUACAUGGAUCGCAAUGGCUUCCUCUACAUCAUGGACCGCAAGAAGGAGAUGCUGAAGUACCAGAACAUCAUGUACUACCCCAACGAUAUUGAGACUAUUAUCUCUGAGAUGCCCGAAGUGGCCGAGGUCUGUGCCUUCGGGGUGUGGAGCGACAUCUAUGGAGACGAGGCUGCCGCCGCCGUGGUCAAGAAACUGGACAGCGAACUCAAGGCCCAGGAUGUUGUGGAUUAUGUGAGCAGUCGUACGGAUUCCAAGUACAAGCACUUAAACGGUGGAGCCAUCAUCGUGGAGGAUUUGAAGCGGAGUGCCAAUGGCAAAACCAAUCGGAUGGCCAACAAAAACCAUUUCUUGCAGGUGAAAAGUGGGAGCUAACUGUCCUAGUACUAGUUUGAUAUACUCGAACGCGCUAAAGAACUACUGUUUAAUAAAUGAUAAGCCCAGCUAAA